CUUCGGCGCGAGCGAGCGAGCGAGCCACAGGCAUGGUGGUGCUGCACGUGAAAUCGUCGACCUCCUCCUCCCCGUCGGAGGACGAGGAGGAGACGGAGCUCCUCUACGAGUGCGCCGCCACGGCCGCCGUCGCGGACGUGGCGGCCGCGCUCGCGGGCACCGCCGGCCUCCAGGCCCGUCUCCUCUCCCUCUGCCGCCGCCUGCGAGGGAGGUCCCCGAGCGGCGAGCUGGAGAGGGCUCUGUCGGAGGCCGAAGCCUACGCCUCCAAGGUACAAGUACGUCAUAACAAAUUCUUGUCUCCUCGUGCUCUAAGGGAACAUAUCAAGAAUAUUGAAAAAACAGCUGCUAAUGCUCUACAAGAGACUUCAGAGGCCUUGUGUACACAACAUCCAAAAUCAGAUGAAAAGCUUAAUAGCAUACAACUUUGGUGGGCUGGAAAAGAACUAGCUAUGGAUAAGAAGCUAUCUGACUAUAUUGGUGUUAAUGAUAAAACAAAGAUUGUCAUCAAGCUAAGCCUCCCAAUGAGCCUUUAGCGUGGUCCUGUUCGUCAUUGAUAUUGCAUAGUAGUGAAUGUUUUUGCAUUUUAUGCAAAUUAUCCACAUGUACGAUGUUUUUCAUUUUCAUGAGAAAGUAGGCAAGCAUCCUCUAGUUGUAUGUACCAAUGGCUACCUGUAUCAACAGCUUAAAAUCAUUUAGUGAUUCCAACAGUACAGUAUUCAAGUUAUUUGUGGGCAUCAAGUUGUGACUGAGACACUUGAGCAUGUUUCAACUCUGUAUCUGCAAUAAGACUAGCUAAGAGAGAAGAUCGCAUUUCCAGCUAAA